UGAUGAAAGAUUUUCAAGAAAAUUUUGAAUGUUUUUUUGAAGUUGCUACUUGUGGCGAUAUAAUUUCUAUUUACAGAGGGAGGCCUAUUUGGGCAAAUUAUCAUCCGGAUAAACUUGUACUUCCAGCGGAGAUUCUUUUUAAUAAUGUCCCUUCGGCUAGAGGAGCCGUUCUUCAUUAUAUCGCUAAAUUGGUUCAUGAAACUGUCCAUUUAUAUUUUUCUGAAAAGGAGCGGAAAGAAGGAACGGGGAAAGGCGUUGAUUACACCAAUUUGGAAACUUCAGUUAAACAAUUAAUUUCAACUUUAAAUUCAUUUAAAGGGGAAAUCAAAACAAAAACAACCUCUUCUUUCCCUCUUUUAUUGCUUCAAUGGCUUUUUGAAUUAUGUGCCGAUUUAAGUCAUCAAAACCACAACAGACCGUAUUUCAAUCUCCAAAGGCCUUUGCCUAGUGUUUUGCUUAAAGCGUUUCAACAAAUGCCUUGUAUUGUUGAUUUACUUUCGCUGAUGGAGAAUAUUUUUACUGAAAUGCUUAAUUCUACUCCAGAAAAAACAAUUCAAACAUUUAUUUCAGCACAAAAAGCUUUUAUAAAUAACUUUGAUUGGAUAACUUUAUUUAUUGCUGAAUCUUUUCCUCCAAACUUUGCAAAAAAUUUAUUGAAAAAUGGGGCAGAAGAAUUUCAUUCAUUUUGCGGGGAAUUGAGCAGAUCCAACGUUCAACUUGCAGCACAAGUCCAUGAAGAAUAUUCUGGAAGACUUCGUAUUUAUUCAGAUAUUUUUAAAUGUUUGGAGAGAAAUAAAAAAGUUGAAUUUCGACGUUUUGUUUUGGAUGUUUUAAAUGAAUUUUUAUUAACAAGUGAAAAUCUGCACGAAUUUGUUUUUCUUGUAAAAUUGGCAUUAGUCUCUCCAGAAAUUAUUAUACCUUAUGCUGAUGAGAUUGUGCAGAUAGGUAGGUUGGGAUUUUGCAAAUUCUGA